AUGGCACCAGCCGCUGAUGUGGAUGUCGAGGUGAAGAGCAUCUCGCCCUUUGGCAAAGCUCGUUCAACCGUCGAAGGUGCUCCUCUAACCAAGGAGGAGUUGAGGCUUACUGAUGACUACAUGAGAGCCAGUUUGUAUCUCUGCUUGGGCAUGAUCUACUUGAAGCAGAACCCACUGCUCAAGGAACCAUUGAAAACCGAGCACCUCAAGGCUCGUCUUCUAGGACAUUGGGGUUCAGACGCAGGCCAGGUUUUUGCCUACGUCCAUUUCAACAGACUCAUCAAGAAAUACGACAUCGACGGGCUCUUCGUUUCUGGCCCUGGCCACGGUGCCCCAGCAGUCAUCUCGCAGUCCUAUCUCGAGGGAGUAUACAGUGAAGUCUACCCAGAUAAGUCCGAAGACGAGGAAGGACUUCGGAGAUUCUUCAAGCAGUUCUCAUUCCCAGGUGGUAUUGGAAGCCAUGCCACUCCAGAAACUCCUGGUAGUUUGCAUGAAGGCGGUGAACUCGGAUACUCAAUUUCACAUGCUUUUGGAGCUGUUUUCGACCACCCCGAUUUGAUUGCCCUGACCAUGGUUGGUGACGGAGAGUCCGAAACCGGUCCUUUAGCCACGAGUUGGCAUGGAACGAAAUUCCUCAACCCAAUCACUGACGGAGCCGUUCUGCCCGUGUUGCAUCUGAAUGGCUACAAGAUCAAUAACCCCACCAUUCUCGCCCGUAUUAGUCAUGAAGAGCUGACGGCUCUUUUCAUUGGUUAUGGAUGGACCCCAUACUUCGUGGAAGGAAGUGACCCUGAAUCAAUGCACCAAGCUUUUGCUGCCACCCUUGAAAAGGUUGUUCUGGAGAUCCGAGAAUACCAGAAGAAAGCACGUGAUUCUGGCAAGGCUUUCCGCCCUCGCUGGCCAAUGAUUGUCCUCCGAAGCCCAAAGGGUUGGACUGGCCCGAGGACCAUUGAUGGUCGAUACCUUGAAGGUUACUGGAGAUCACAUCAAGUCCCCAUUCCCGAUGUUGCCGCCAAACCAGAGCAUCUUAAGAUCCUUGAAGACUGGAUGAAGAGUUAUACGCCUGAAAAAUAUUUUGGCGAAGACGGCAAACUAAUUCCCGAGUUGAAGGCAUUGGCCCCCUCGGGAAACAAGAGAUUGAGCGCUGCCCCAGUGGCCAAUGGUGGACUUCUCAAGAAACCCUUACAGCUCAACGACUUCCGCAAGUACGGACUUGAUGUCAAGAAGGGCGGUAUUACCAAUGGACCUAGCAUGGCCAAUAUGGCGAAGUUCCUUCGUAAUGUCAUCGAAAGAAACCCCACAAACUUCCGGCUCUUUGGACCUGACGAGACUGAAUCCAACAAACUGGCUGAAGUGUAUAAAGCAUCGAAGAAAGUCUGGCUCGGAGAAUAUUUCGACGAAGACGCUGAUGGUGGCAACCUUGCCAUGGAAGGCCGGGUUAUGGAGAUGCUCAGUGAACACACCGUCGAAGGCUGGCUCGAAGGCUAUAUCCUGUCUGGAAGACACGGCCUGCUCAAUAGCUACGAACCCUUUAUCCAUAUCAUUGACUCAAUGGUCAAUCAGCACUGCAAGUGGAUUGAAAAGUGUUUGGAGGUGGAAUGGCGUGCGAAGAUUGCAUCACUCAACAUUCUCUUGACCGCAACAGUCUGGCGACAAGACCACAAUGGUUUCACGCAUCAAGACCCUGGUUUCCUCGAUGUCGUUGCCAAUAAAUCACCUGAAGUUGUUCGUAUCUACCUUCCUCCCGACGCAAACACACUGCUGUCUGUUACAGAUCAUUGCUUGCGAAGCAGCAAUUAUGUCAAUGUGAUCGUCGCAGACAAGCAAGAUCACCUUCAAUAUCUUGAUAUGGAAGCAGCCAUCGAGCACUGUACUAAGGGUGCUGGAAUAUGGGACUGGGCCUCCAACGACCAAGGCCAAGAGCCAGACAUUGUCAUGGCUGCAUGUGGUGAUGUGCCAACCAUGGAAUCUCUUGCAGCGACAGCCUUGCUUAGGGAAUACCUUCCCGACCUGAAGAUCCGUUUCGUCAACGUUGUUGACCUGUUUAGACUCAUUCCUCACGGCGAGCAUCCGCACGGCAUGACUGACCGCGAAUUCAUGGCCAUUUUCACGGACGACAAGCCGGUCAUCUUCAACUUCCACUCGUAUCCAUGGCUCAUCCAUCGUCUGACAUACAAGAGAAAGGGACAGCAUAAUCUGCAUGUGCGGGGCUACAAAGAGAAAGGCAACAUUGAUACGCCGCUGGAGUUGGCCAUACGGAACCAAACCGACAGAUUCAGCCUUGCUAUUGAUGCUCUGGAUAGGAUGCCUAAUCUUGGAAACAGGGGCGCGAGUGCGAGGGAGAAACUAUUGAAUGAACAGAUAAAGUGCAAGAACCAAGCUUUCAACGAAGGCAUUGACCCGAAACCCUUGAGGGAUUGGGUCUGGCCAUUUUAG